CUAAUAUAUAACCUCAUUUUUGGGUCGUCCAGACAUCGAGCGACGAUUUGCGGAGAGCUUGCCACUGUGCACUAACAUCUUCGCCUCUGCAAGUAACCUUCUAUUGCCAUUGUCAGCCUUACAGAAUGGCAACCCAAAUAAGCAAGAAGCGAAAAUUCGUCGCUGACGGAGUUUUCUUCGCCGAGCUUAACGAGGUUUUGACCAGAGAGCUUGCCGAGGAUGGAUACUCUGGCGUUGAGGUUAGGGUCACCCCUAUGCGUACUGAGAUUAUCAUUAGAGCUACCCGAACUCAAAACGUUCUGGGUGAGAAGGGGAGGAGGAUCAGGGAGCUGACCUCCGUGGUACAAAAGAGGUUUAAAUUCCCAGAGAACAGCGUCGAACUCUAUGCUGAGAAGGUUAACAACAGAGGGCUUUGCGCCAUUGCUCAGGCCGAGUCUCUUCGCUACAAGCUCCUUGGUGGUCUUGCUGUUCGCAGGGCCUGUUAUGGUGUGUUGAGAUUUGUCAUGGAAAGUGGUGCCAAGGGAUGUGAGGUGAUUGUCAGCGGGAAGCUAAGGGCACAGCGUGCAAAAUCUAUGAAAUUUAAGGAUGGAUAUAUGAUUUCAUCUGGUCAGCCAGUCAAAGAUUAUAUUGACUCUGCUGUGAGACAUGUACUUUUACGACAGGGUGUUCUUGGUAUCAAGGUGAAGAUUAUGCUUGAUUGGGAUCCCAAGGGAAAGCAGGGCCCAACAACACCUCUACCAGAUUUGGUCACAAUCCAUCCCCCCAAGGAGGAAGAGGAGUACGCACGUCCACCACCUGUAUUGGCUACCGAUAUUGAGGUCCCAGUCCCAGCUCCAGUCUCGGUGGCUUAACGCCUUUUCUGUUAAUGUUCUGUUUGUUAUUGAUGUGAUGUUGUUAUUAUCAUUAUUAUUAUUAUUUCCAUCAGUGUUUCAA